CAAGGUGUUGACUAUAUUGACUCCAGGAAUAUUUGAAGACCAGUGCUCCCUUCCCUAUUCCCAUGACGCCAGAGACUGAGAGACCUUAUCAUAUUGACAGCCCACGCUCAGAUCCAAGCACACCCAAAGCAAACUUCCCUGAGAGUAAGAAAGGAUUUGAUAUCUGCGGUGUUUAAAGAUCCUACAAUGGAGAGAGGGAUGAAUUCACAGGCGUCAUCUGGACCUUCGUUUGAGGUUUUUUUAAGUUUUCGAGGACCCGACACCCGUCAUGGAUUCACCGAUUGUCUUUAUCACGGUAUGGUUGCGGCCGGGAUUCUCGUCUUUAGGGACGAUGAAUCCCUCCGUGUCGGUGAAAGAAUUGGUGGUGAACUUCUACAAGCAAUUGAGAAGUCCAAGAUCUACAUUCCCAUAUUCUCCACAAAUUAUGCUUCGAGCCACUGGUGCCUCCGAGAGCUCACGUACAUGGUCGAGUGCGCCUCGAAAUCGAAUGGGAGCAAAGAGAUUCUGCCAAUUUUUUUCGACGUGGAACCUAUUGAUGUCAAGCUCAAAACAGACUUAUACAGACAGAAUCUUUCACAGAUCCGGAAGAAGUUUCGCACUGAAGUAAAGUCAUGGGAAAAGGUUCUCAUUGAUGUGAGCAAGAGAAAGGGAUGGAACUUGAAGAAAGACGAAGGCCAAGGAAAUCUGAUCCAAUCGGUAAUUCAAGCUGUCUUGGCUAAGCUGAAUGUCGAUUAUAAAAAUGUGACUGAACAUCUAGUUGGAGUUGAUGAUCGUGUAGAAGCUAUAAUCAAUAUGUUGGAUGUGAAAUCGGAUAGUGUGCAGUUCCUCGCAAUACACAGAAUGGGCGGUGUUGGCAAAACAACACUAGCCAAAGUCGUCUUCAACCGACUGUCUUCUCGGUUCCAAUGCUGCAAUUUCCUUUCGGAUGUUCGAGAGUCAUCAGAACGACAUGGCCUAGUAUAUUUGCAAAAACAAUUGUUAUCCAAGUUUCUUGAUUCUCGUUCCAUCAACCAAAUUCAUGACACAGAUGUUCUGAUUGUUCUUGAUGACAUCGAUGAAGAAAAGCAACUGAAAAACCUAGCAGCAAAAGAAAAUUGGUUCGGUUCUGGUAGUAGGAUUGUCGUUACUACUAGAUACAAAAGUGUCCUAAUGAUUGAUGGAGAAUCAACAGGUGAAGGCCCUUUGAAGUCUGCUAAUAUUUCAACUUAUGAAGUACAGGAAAUGGAAUUUCCUCAUGCAAUUAAGCUUUUUAGUAGGCAUGCCUUCAGGAGAGACUCUCCACCCGAUAAUUAUGUCUCCCUUUCAAAAAAAGUCGUCUCCACUUUGGGAAAGCUUCCUUUAGCUCUUGAAGUGACAGGUUCAUCCCUUUCAAGUAAAUCUAAAGAAUUUUGGGUAGACACUUUGAAGAAGCUAGAAAAAGCUCCUUCCAAAGAAGUGCAGAAAACAUUGAUGAUAACUUAUGAAAGGUUAGAUGAUGCACAAAGGCAAGUAUUUCUGGAUAUAGCUUGUUUUUUUGUUAAUGAGGAUAAAACCUACCCUUUCUACAUGUGGGAUGAUUGUCAAUGCUUCCCAAACAAUGCCAUUGAAGUCCUUUGUCUUAUGUCCUUGAUAAAAAUCAAAGAUGGCAAUACUUUUUGGAUGCAUGACCAAGUGUGCGACCUCGGAAGGGCAAUUGUCCGUGAAGAAAAUUUCAAAGAUCCCCGUGAGCGUAGUAGAGUGUGGAAUCAUCAGGAAGCCCUGAGCAUUUUGAAGCAGAAAGAGGGAAGUAGGAAAAUAGAAGCACUGUCACUAGGAAAUCGUGGGGACGUUCUUACGCAUGAUGAAGUUGCUAAUUUACGAAACCUGAGGUUCUUGGAAGGGAAUGGGGUGUUCCUUGUCGGAGACUUCACUAAUCUUCUCCCUAAUUUAAGAUGGUUUUCUUGGCGAUGGUGUCCGCACGAGUUUGUGGCUACAAACUUUCAUCCGACUAAUUUAGUUGUUCUUGACCUUUCACACAGCUCUGUUUCAGAGAAAUGGAUUGGCUGGAACCAAAUCAAUGUGGCAAGUAAACUAAAAGUACUAGAUCUUAGCAAUUGCGAGAACUUAAUGAGAACACCCGAUUUAUCUACGUUGGUGUCCUUGGAGAGAUUGAUUCUUGAAGACUGUCGCAACCUAAUUGAAAUUGACCCAUCCAUUGGUAAAUUAAAGCUCCUAACGAUUUUGAACUUGAAGGGAUGUGAUUCUCUUCAAGAGUUGCCUGAAGAAAUAGGAGGUCUACGGGCGUUGACAGAGAUUGUCAUGCCUAAGACGCUAAAUGAACUUCCAAGGACGUUUGGUAAUUUGCGGUCAUUGUUGAUCCUUGAUGUAUCACAUAGUCAGAUUAGCAGACUGCCUUACUCGAUUGGAGGGCUAGUGAAACUUAGGCGGUUGAAUUUAUCCGGGUGUACGAAGAUAGAGAAACUCCCAGACUCGUUUGAGAAGUUACAAUCCUUGGUGGAGUUGGAUUUGUCAUCGACAAGUUUGGGUCACUUGCCUAAUUCAAUCGGCAAUCUAAAGCAAUUGAAAAUACUUAGGAUGACCCGCAUAAGCCGGAUAACAAAAUUACCAAGUGCGAUUGGGCUGGUGGAGAAGCUUGAAGAGUUAGAUGCUAGUGGAUGUUACAACUUGACCGAAAUCACUAAUGAAAUGGGGAGAUUGUCUUGUUUGAGGAUCCUAGACUUGUCAUACACACUUAUAUCUAGCUUGCCCACCACAUUGAGCUACCUCUCUAAUCUGCAAAUACUUAAGUUGGAAUCAUGUCUUGAGCUUAAACGGUUGGGGUGGCUUCCCUCGAGUUUGACUUGUCUAAAAUGGACUUCUGAUGAAGAUGUGCGAUAUGAGUGGGAAAAUAUCACUGCUUUGCCCACAUUAGGGCUGCCAAAAGAAGUAAAGUUGCGCAGCACCAUUCAUAUUCCUUCCCUUCCGUCUAGUUUAAGAGAGUUAGAACUUGGAAAUCUGGAGUUAGAACUUGGAAAUCUGGAGAUUGACUCGUCCAAUUUUUCCAAUUUGAAGAACUUGUCGACCUUGCGAUUAAAUAGUUGUUUGAUAUGGGAAUACACUGGGACGUCUAGUUACAAUUGGCAGGGGAACAUUACUGAUAUGACGAACAGCACAACGUUUGACUGGGGAGUGGAAUAUUCGAGACUUUCAAAUUUGUGUAGGCGUGAUUUCCCCGCAAAUGCACUGGAUCUGUCGCCCAUGAAGAAUCUCCAAGAGGUACAUUUGCUGGGGUUCAUGCAUUUAGUUGAGCUUUGCGGCCUUGCAGAAUUGGGAUCCCUUUGCUUCUUAUCGGUCGUGGAUUGCAAUUCCAUGGAAAGGAUGUCAGGCCUAUCGAAAUUGAGAAAGCUGAGGAAGCUCAGAGUAGGAGAAUGUCCAAAGCUAAGAAGGCUGGAAGGUCUGAACCACUUGGAAUCUUUACAGAAGUUGUGGAUUCACGAUUGCAGAUCGUUGGAGAGUUUGGCCGACACCUCAGAUUUGCAUUUAGAAUGUUCCACAAUUGAGCGUUGCGGGCUGUUGCCCAACCGUAAAAGUUAUUGUAGAUGUCAUCAUAACACAGAUUCGGUGGUUAAUGAACACGACCACGCUGGGUAUUUUUGA